CUAAAUCUCGUCAGCGACAAUAGGCGAGAGCGAUCCAUGAGGCGUCUAACCUUAUAUUAUGUCUAUGGUUGUGAGAUCUUGAAGAGAAUGACGCAGUUUUCCUGAACCGUUUCACUUCCUCAGCCGGGUGCUGUUGGAGAAACCGCCCCUCUUGCUUUCAUUUUAACAUGGCAAUUUCUCUGAAAUAACUUAGUGUUCGGAAGCACAGCACAGUGAAACGAGACUGGACUGCAAUAAGUUCGGCUGUUUUCGGAGCUAAAACCGGUCCGGACUAGGAGGUCAAGCAGCGGUGUUCGCUUCAGGAGGGCGACUGACCGUAAACAAUGGGUCAGGUAGAGGAAGCCAGAGUGUCGUGCCUUGACCUCCUCACGUGCCACAGAGAGCUGCUGGUUUCCACGCUCAGCAGCAUUCAGUGCCUCCUGGAUAACCUACUGGCCAACCGCUUCUUCUGCGAGGAAGACGUGGAGAUCGUUCAACGAACCGUCACCAAACCAAACCAGGUGCGCAAAAUCCUGGAGCUGGUUCAGUGCAAAGGAGAGGAUGCCUGUGAAUUCUUUGUUUUUAUCAUAUAUAAAAUAUGUGACGCAUAUAUAGACCUGCAGCCAUGGCUAAAAGAGAUCAACUACAAGCCAAGCGGAGACAUGGAAGAGAUGAAAGUGGUGAACACCGACCCUAUCAGCAGGUACUGUGAGAAGCAGCGACAUGAGAUGAGCCGAGACACCAGCUUCAUCAUGUCUUAUGGGCAGCAAGAUGAGACCCGAUUGGAAGAUCUCUACACAGACACUGUGAUGGAGCUGUUCAACGACGCUAAUGAAAGUUUAGGCUUCAUACAGAGUCUGAACCAGCUUCUUGGAGAAGACGGGGUCUUUAAUCCCCAAGGUGAAAUCAUCUAUGUGAUGGGGGAUGCUGGUGUUGGAAAGUCCAUCCUUCUACAAAAGCUCCAGAACCUUUGGUCCAAAAAGGAGCUGCAGACAGACGCCAUCUUCUUUUUCAAGUUUCGCUGUAGGAUGUUCAGCAUCUUCAAGGAAGCAGAUCAGAUGUCCCUCAGAGACCUUUUAUUCAAAUACAAUUGUUACCCAGAUCAUGAUCCAGAUAAUGAAGUGUUUGAUUACAUCCUGCGCUUCCCUGAUAAGGUCGUGUUUACUUUUGAUGGCUAUGAUGAAAUUCAGGAGGACAUAGACCUGAUGAAUGUUCCUGAAGUUGUGUCUCCAGAAGACAAGGCAAACUCCUUACAGUUGCUCCUCAGCUUGCUCUGUGGAAAACUACUUAAGGGCUCCAAAAAAAUACUGACAACCCGAACCGGGAUUGAAUUGCAAAGUCGAGUCAUUAAGAAGAAAGUAGUUUUGCGUGGAUUUUCUCCAGACCAUCUAAAGACGUACAUCAAACUGCAGUUCAAGGAGCAGGAGCACCGGGACCUGGUGUCGGUUCAGCUGGAUGCCAGCCCUCACCUUUGUGGCCUGUGUUCCACUCCACUCUUCAGUUGGAUUGUAUUCAAAAGUUUCCGGCACCUGCAUACGAUGCAUGAUACCUUUCAUCUGCCUGAAACCAGCAUCACGCUAACAAACAUAUUCCUUCUGCUGUCUGAGGUGUUUCUCAGCCGCUUGGCCACCCCCGCUUCUCCCCUGCUGAAGAAAAGCACCCGCUGCACCUCCGAGACAUUCAGGGUGGGGCUCAGGUCCCUUGCUGGGUUUGCUAAGCUGGCUUUGCAGGGUUUGGAGAGAGGAAGCUUUCUGUGCAGCCAAGAGGAGAUCAGUGAGUGUGAUCUCACAGAGGAGGACAUGGCCCUAGGUUUCCUCAGACCCAUUAGUGAGUUUGAUGCCAAUGAUGCCCCCGCUACCUUCGAGUUCAUCCACAUCACCCUCCAGUCGUUCUUGGCAGCAUUUGCUCUUGUGUUGGACGAGCAGACUUCUGGCAACUCCAUCCUCAAGUUCUUCACAGAAUGCAGCAGGAGGAGAGAACCCUGCUGUCUCCCUUUAGCUUUCUGUACCAGGAGGUUUGUGAAGCCUUGCGAAAAGAAGCCCUCCUCAACAAACGAGCACCUGCAGUUCACCAAUCUGUUCCUGAGUGGACUGCUGUCAAAGACUCAAGCAAGUCUGAUGGGACUACUGGUAUCUCCUGUUUUAUUGAAGAAAAAAAGAGCCUUGUUGAAGGCUUACUUGUCCAGUAGCGUCAAGGUCCACCUGGAGGGCUUACCCUGUCAUACUGGUGAUGGAUUGAACAAAGUUCACGUUUUGCCCCACUUUCUUUGGAUUCUACGAUGCAUCUUCGAGACAGGGAGCAAAGAUGUUGCUAAGAUGACAGCAAAAGGCAUCACAGCAAGUUUUAUCAAGCUGGGCUACUGUAACGUGUACUCAGGUGACUGCACGGCCAUAAACUUUGUGCUGCAGCACCGCCAAAAGCACCUGGGGCUCGACAUGGACAACAACAAUAUCAGUGACUAUGGGGUGAAGCAGCUCCAGCCUUCGUUUUGCAAGAUGACAGUUGUAAGAUUGUGUGUCAAUAACCUAACAGACAGGAGUAUUGAGGUUCUGGCAGAAGAGCUGUGCAAACACAAGGUUGUGAAGGUUUUGGGGCUUUACAACAACAACAUCACUGAUGCUGGAGCCAAACUGGUCGCUCAGAUCAUUGAAGAAUGUCCUCAGCUGGCAGUUGUGAAGAUCGGUAAAAACAAGAUCACACCUGUGGGUGGGAGGUAUCUGGCCAGGGCGGUUAAGAAGAGCGCUUCCAUAUUCGACUUGGGGAUGUGGGGCAACAGCAUCGGUGAUGAGGGAGCUGAAGCUUUUGCAGAAGCCUUGAGGAAUCACCCACGUCUCACCAACCUCAGCCUGGCAGCCAAUGGCAUCACAUCCAAUGGAGGAAAGUGUCUGGCAGAAGCUCUGAAGGAGAACACAGUCCUGAGGAUAUUCUGGUUGGUGCAGAAUGAGAUGAUGGACGAUUCAGCUCCACACUGGGCCGAGUUAAUCCAGGCCGACACUGGACUGAGUCACCUCUGGUUCAUCAACAACAAGUUCACAGCUGCUGGGAUCCAACACUUUGCUGAAGCGCUAGCUACCAACUCCAAGCUCAAGGAGAUCUGCGUGAAAGGAAACCAGCUCUCUGAGGAGGAACAGAAGCGGUUUGAGUCGGACAAACGACUCCUGUUCCACUGACAGGAUCGCUCUGCUCUUCAUGGAUCAGAAACACAAACACCUUUUCUGCUGCUGCGCUUCAACCAAUUCAACAACAUCACUUCCUGUUGUCCACGAGUUGAGCAGGAUGGACUCUGUGUUCUCAGAAACAAGCACUGGGAUUCAGUGGGAUGUAGUUUCUGAUGUGAACCAAGACGCUUCAGAAACAUCAGUACACUCUGAACAUGAUGUUCUGGAAUCAAAAUGUCUGCAUGUCAGUCAUCAUCAACUCUCUGACAGAGGGGUCGACGACUAGUUGAACCUGUUGGCCAAAAUAUGUAAUCAUUUUCCUAAAAGCAUUGUGAUAUGUAAAAUCUCAUAAUUACUUAAAAAAAUACUAUAUCCUAGUUAUAUUUUUCACCUACGUAACUCGUCAUUUUUUCAGCUGCGCUAUGCAUGCUGGGCCGAUGAUGUGGGCAAGUUAUAUAGAGUCGAGCCUUUAAACUAAACACAAGAAGUCAAGGGCAGAAAACAUUGGGUUGGGGCAAACUGUCUUAAAGUUUUGAUGUGCAGCUAUACACAAGAUAGAUAUCUUGUGUAUAUCUAUAUCUUGUGUAUACAACAGCUGUUGUACAUGACUGGCCUGUGCUAUACUGUUUACUAUGUUAGCUAGAGCUAACACCGUUAGAAGGAGUUGGCAUGAAAUCAAAAAUUGGAAGAUAAUGAAUGGAUGUUUUGCCUGACAAUGAUUCAUUUUUACGUCUCUGUAACACACACACAUUUUUUAUUUUUUAUCCCAGUGCUCAUUGUGCAUAGCUUGAGUUAGAAACUGGAGCUCUUUGCAGCUAACGCUCUUCUUCUGUGUUAGCAUUAACAGGCAGCGGCAGCACAAACACCAGCUUUUUCGGCUGACUCUCCCUUCCUCAUUUUAGUUUCCCCUCAUUGUUUUUGCAUCACCUUUUAUUUCAACGCUCCAGUUCAAAUUGAAAGGGCUGAGCUUUACUCAUUGCGCAAAAAACACAGUUUUGGCUGGACAGAGCUGUAGCACAUAGCAUACUCUUCUACCAUGGUAGAAGAGUGGCAAUAUUUGUGACAAUAUUUUAUUUAAAUAUGUGAAAAACGCCUCUCAAUGUCUAUUGCUGCUACUAAUCGUGGAUCCCUUUAA